CAAGGCUGCUUGGGAAAGUUGCCAUGUUGUGAGGGAGAGCAGAGAGGGAGAGAGGCAUGGAAAAAAAAGCAAGCAGGACUUGGCACGGUUCUAUCACAGCUCCUUUUGUCUGCUUGCUCGGCUUUGCGCUAAGGAAAUCAAAAUAUCAAGGGGGUAGAUCUCCGCUUCAAGGCUAAAAAAAUGUCUAUGUGGAAUGUCUAUUUCUAUUUAUUUAGAAUACAAAGGGAUGUCUUUAUGGGUCAGACAGGUGCACAUAAUGGAUGAGAAAGACAAAAGAAAAGAAAGUUUGUGGUUUAUAUUUGUUUAUACCUCAGGUUUUAAAUAUAUAUAUUUUUCUAACUUCUGAAGUCCGGACCUAGAUGACUGCUUCGAAGGGGUGAGGUUUCAAACCACAGAAGAAGUUAAGCGACUUAUCUUAAAGCUGCAGCACCUAAAGAUUUAACAGCAAGACUGGGACAUCAAAGCAAACUACUAGUUUACAUUGGAUUAUAGCCAUGUUUGCCUUACGCUUGGAUUCCUCCAAAUCCUUCGGUUUGAAAACAAGACGACGAGACACAAAGAUCCUAAGGGAAAAAAGUAUGUACAUUGUGUACUCCAUUUCAUGGAUUACAGUUUACUGCUGUGUACCACGGUUGUGCUAUUGGUGUCUGCUUCACCUGAACUUUUUUCUUGUUAUUGGAAAACCCCCCAAAAAUUCAUGAGGGGCCUGGAUAUAUAUGCAUGUCACUUGCAUCAUCUCUACGUUUUCCCUACCUUUGUUGGUUCAUAAAAGGAAUCGGAUUUGCAUGUUUUACAAUUUUUUGAAAAGCAUCACGCUAAUGGAAACAAGACUGUGGAGCCGUUCCCUGAGGGACUGCAGAUGGCCAUGUUUGGCAUGGGCUGUUUCUGGGGAGCUGAGAGAAAAUUCUGGACACAGAAAGGUGUCUAUUCCACACAGGUGGGCUAUGCUGGUGGAUACACACCUAACCCAUCCUAUGAGGAGGUCUGUUCAGGUAAAACUGGUCACACUGAGAUAGUUCGAGUGGUGUACAAUCCAGGAAAAGUCUGUUUUGAAAAGCUACUGAAGGUGUUUUGGGAGAGCCAUAACCCUACACAAGGUAUGCGCCAAGGGAAUGAUACAGGAACUCAGUAUCGUUCAGCCAUCUACACUUACACUCAGGAACAAAUGGACACGGUCAACAGAUCUAAAGAGGAGUAUCAAAAGGUGCUGACUGAGAAUGAACACGGUGAAAUCAGCACAGAAAUCCGAGAAGCCCAGGAGUUUUAUUACGCUGAAGAUUACCAUCAGCAGUACCUGAGCAAGAACCCACGUGGCUACUGUGGGCUCAGUGGCACAGGAGUGUCCUGCCCCAUCGGGCUUCCGAAAUAGCAGCCUGCCCUCACUGUGACAAGGAUGCAAGAGCAGCAGGUGGAACAAUGUGGCCUUGAAGUUAACCGGACAGAACAGCACUGGAAUCCUUUUAUUUUUUGUCAAUAAUUAAUACUAUUAGUUGUUAUCACAAAAGCCUUAGAAAUUGUUAUUUUUUAAUAAAUGGCUGGGUCCAAGCUAGAAUGAUUGAACUUGGUAAUCACUAGGGGUGUGCUGAUACUUGUACUUACCCCUAGUAACCACUGAAUUUGAGUUAAGUGUAAAACUAAAUGCGGAUGGGCUGGAUUGCAUUAGUAAGAUCACUAAAGUGCUACAGAUAUUUAUUUAAUAAUAUAAUUAUUGCUGUAAUUGCUCUAUUCAUUUCCCUCAAAAGCUAAUUAUAUAUAAGUUAUGGACCACUGUAUACAUUGUCAAAAUAAUAACAAUAAAAAAAUAAACUUUAAAUAUUGUCUGUUUCUAAAACAAUACAUUUCAAAAUUGUACACAAAUCAAAUGCAACAUUAUUAUUUGUUUAUUUAGCAGACGCCUUUAUCCAAGGCGACUUACAGAGACUAGGGUGUGUGAACUAUGCAUCAAAAGCUGAGUCACUUACAGUUACGUCUCACCUGAAAGACGGAGCACAAGGAGGUUAAGUGACUUGCUCAAGGUCACACAAUGAGUCAGUGGCUGAGCUGGGAUUUGAACCGGGGACCUUCUGGUUACACACCCUUUUCUUUAACCACUGGACCACACAGCCUCCUAUGCACUACAACUUUUGCGAAGAGAUAUAGCAAAAUCAAACUGUUAAUUAAUGUUACAAAACAAGUAAACACCUUAGGCAUACUUCAGAGCUGUCAAACUUUUCACAAAAAAUAUUGCAAAUGGAACAGGUUACAAUUCGAAAGCAGCUGUCUGUUGUGGGGAAUUUAAGACUAAGUCAAGAAAAAGUAAUUUUAAAUGUUGAGGAAUUUAUAGUAUUGGCCCCCAAGAACUUCAUACAGUAGUUGCUUAUAGGCCUUCCUCACAUGUGUUUGUAAACCAGUGCUCCAAUGUUCUUAUUUUUCUUUACGAAUGGAUCCUAAAACAAGGACAAACAUCUGAUUGCUGAAAUAGUUUAAAAUAAUACUUUGUUGACUUGUUCUGCAAAACAAUCCAAAAAACUCGUCUUUACUGUGACAACUCUACACAGAGACAGUAAUUCAAGACUGUGAAGGGGGAUCAGGGUUUAUGAUGUCCAGUGUUACCUGCAGUUUGUAUCACAAGCAGGUGAUCAAACUUUUAUUAUGAGAUUUUGUUUGUGCUUUUUAUUGGAUAUUUUACAGAAACUGGUCAUCAUAAUUCCUGGCCCAGAGUUUAGAGAGCAGCCAGAUAGCUGAAAAACAAACCUGCUGGCAGCAUUAAUCCCUUCAGCUGGCCCUUCCUCCUGUCUGACCAGGUGGCUCUUGUACUCUCUGCAGUUGAUACAGUCAGUAUAAAUCUGCCUCCACAGGGAAAUCUGGCUUCCAGGAUUGGGAGUUGGCAUCACAGUGACAGUAAAGGCGAUUUCACAUUCACUGUUUUCACAUACAACAAAACACAUACAAGCUGAGCUGCAUGCAACAGUUAUAGGAAAACUACAUCGAGGUGUUAGAGGCACAGCUGAAUGGGCGCUAGUUUAGGUUCAGUGGAUCUAAAUAACACAGUGGCCUUGCCCAUGAUGAUGGUAAGAUGAGCAUCAGGUUUUUAUUAACCUGAUAACUUUCAGACAUCAGUGGUACGAGUCAUUCCAAUAAAAUUAAAGCUACCCAGAAAAAAAAGACAGAUAGCAGCCACAUUUCUGAACACUUGGGAAAUGCUUCAUUUUAAAUGCCCACAUAACUAAAAAAGUAAUUACUUAUUUUCUACUUAUUAAUUACAACGGAAUUCAUAAGACGUAAACACCAAUUACUGAUGCAUUCCAGAAAUGCUGAUCAUGAACACACACAAGCCCUUACCUGAAGCAAUGCGAUGUAUGUUCAAACGGGUCACUUGUCUACCAAUCCCUGUACUGAACUCUAGAGUUACUAAUUGCGACUGACUAGUUUUAGUAUUAGGGGGAAGUAGGCUUAACAAAACACAAAACUAAUUGCCAAAACAUACUGUAUGAAUUAUGGAACUCCUUGUUCAGAGAGGUGCUGGAUUUGUACAGGUUCUGCUGGUACAUCAUUGCAGUAAGAAACAACUUUUAUUUUAACAUUAAUGUAACACCAGUGUGGUUAUAUUAAGCAUUUUGUUGCAUUGUAACCACACCACCGUGUAAUUACUGUGCUACUGCAGUGCAGUUACAAUAUCAUUAGAGAUGCCUAAUGUGAGGUGUUACCUUAAUUUAUUAUUAUUUGUUUUAAAGUACUGCAAUGCCCUCAAAAGUGACAUUAUUGCUAUAUUAAUGGCUACUUCCAAUCCAAUAUGAAUUGUUUUUGUUCUU